AUGAUCUGUGUAGCCCCAGCAGUGCCACCUAUUAGGGUCUAUCAGUGCCAGCUGUCAGUGCUCAUCCAUGCCACCUGCCAGUGCCCAUCAGUGCCACAUCACAGUGCAUAUCAACACCAAAUAUCAGUGCCCAUCUGAGCUGCCUUUCAGUGUCACCCACCAGUGCCAGUCAGUGCCGCCUAUCAGUGCCUGUCAGUGCUGCCAAUCAGUGCCGCCUAUCAGUGCCAUAUAUGAGUGCUGCCUUUCAGUGCCCAUCAGUGAUGCCUGUCAAUGCCCAUCAGUGCCACCUACCAGUGUCUCCUCAUCAGUG